AUGCAGGGAUCAUCUUUGCUAUAUCUGAUAGCAAGUGGGUCAGCCCCCACUCAGGUGGUCCUAAAGAAAGGCGCGAUAACUGUGGUCCUGAAUGAGAAGAAAGAGUUGAUCCCGAUGCGGACCAUGACCGACUGGAGAGUCUGCAUCGAUUAUCGGCGCCUGAAUGAUGCCACCAGGAAAGAUCAUUUUCCCCUACCUUUCAUUGAUCAGAUGCUGGAGAGGUUGGCUGGUCAUGAGUUUUAUUGCUUCCUGGAUGGCAUGUCUGAGUAUUUCCAGAUUCCUAUUGCACCAGAGGAUCAGGCGAAGACCACAUUCACUUGCCCCUUCGCUACUUUUGCUUACCGGAGGAUUCCAUUCGGGCUGUGUAAUGCACCGGCGACCUUCCAGAGAUGCAUGAUGGCGAUCUUCGACCGACUGGUCGGAGAGAUCAUGGAAGUCUUCAUGGAUGACUUUCGGUUUAUGGAGACUCCUUCACUCAUUGUCUCCAUAACUUGGAACUCGUUCUGA